CUUCCUGCAAAGUUUUCUUUGCCAAGGACCCUCUGAAGAUAGUGCGUGCUCAGGGCCAAUACAUGUUUGAUGAGAAAGGAGAAAAAUACUUGGACUGUAUCAACAACGUUGCACAUGUUGGCCACAGUCAUCCAUACGUGAUAAAGGCUGCAACAAAACAGAUGGAACUGCUCAAUACAAAUUCCCGGUUCCUGCACGACAACCUUGUUCAGUAUGCGCAGCGUCUCACAGCCACCCUGCCCGAGAAGCUCGCUGUUUGCUAUUUUGUUAACUCUGGGUCUGAAGCAAAUGAUCUUGCUUUACGACUGGCUCGGCAGUACCAUGGGCACCAAGACGUGAUCACCCUUGAAAAUGCUUACCAUGGCCACGUUACAUCUGUGAUUGACAUCAGUCCCUAUAAGUUUAAUCAGCUGGGAGAGGACAGCAAGAAGGAGUUUGUGCAUGUGGCUCCUUCUCCAGAUAUCUACAGAGGGAAAUAUAGGGAAGACCACCCAGAUCCAGCAAGUGCUUAUGCUGAAGAGGUGAAAAAGAUUAUUGAAGAAACACAGAAGAAUGGACGCAAGAUUGCUGCCUUCAUAGCCGAAUCCAUGCAGAGCUGUGGAGGCCAAGUAAUUCCACCUGUGGGCUAUUUCCAGAAAGUGGCAGAGUACGUGCGUGCGGCGGGUGGAGUGUUCAUAGCUGAUGAGGUCCAGGUUGGCUUUGGCAGAGUUGGGAAGCAUUUUUGGGCAUUCCAGCUGCAAGGUGAAGACUUUGUGCCUGACAUUGUCACCAUGGGAAAGCCCAUUGGCAAUGGCCACCCUAUGUCUUGUGUGGUCACAACAAGGGAAAUCGCUGAAAGUUUUGGUGCCUCCGGACUGGAGUAUUUCAAUACAUUUGGAGGCAAUCCAGUGUCUUGUGCUAUUGGUUUGGCUGUGCUGGAGGUAAUAGAAAAAGAAGAUCUCCGAGGAAAUGCUACACGUGUAGGAAACUAUCUCCUGGAGUUGCUGGCUGAGCAAAAGGAGAAACAUCCCUUAGUGGGAGACAUCAGGGGUGUUGGAUUGUUUAUUGGAGUGGAUCUGGUGAAAGAUCAACAAAAGCGAACACCAGCCACAGCUGAAGCCCUUCACCUGAUUUACAAGCUGAAAGAGCAUCAAAUCCUUCUUAGUGUAGAUGGACCCCACAGAAAUGUAUUAAAAUUCAAACCACCAAUGUGUUUCACAAUGGAAGAUGCAAAACAUGUAGUGGAGACAAUCGAUGCACUUCUCACAGAAAUGGAAGAGGCAACUGGAAUGAAGACAGAAAAUGAUGCAUCUACAAAUGCACAGUAUAAAAGACAAACGACUGAUGGGAGUUCUCAGACAGAAGGUGCAAAUGAAAGCAUUAGCCAUAUGAAUGGAGCUGCCUGCAGACAAGAAAGUGGGCUUUAUUCUAACAAAUGCUCAGUGCCAAGUGAAAGAAUAAGAACAUGA